UGCAGCUGCGACUCCCCCCCUCCCCCCGCGACUCCCCUUUCAUCCCAUCUCCCUGCAGGGGGGCGAGGAUUCAUCCCUAAUCGGCCAUCUCCACUCCCGGCCAGGCCGCACACUGCAGUCUCUGGCUAGCUGCAGGUGCUGACAGCUGCCUCUCUUGUGGAAGAGAGAAGACACUGGGGAGCUCCUACUAAAAGGGGGCACUGGGGGUCGACAUGCAGGAGAGCUACGAAACCGUGAUCUCGCUGGCAGAAGAAAUUGCCAUCAGCUGGCCCCGCAUCACUGCCUUCACAGAGACCAGAGGGCGGCGUGGCCUGGCUCCUGGGCUAGAAAUGGAGCCAGAGCAAGGGCAGCUGGCACCUGUGCAAGGCCAAGCAGCAGCGGCCACUACUGCUGCCUCAAGCGAAGAGGGGAUUCUUCCAGACUUCCGGAGGCAGCUUGGGGUGAUCCUGCAGACCGUGGGCAAGGCACAGGUGGAGAAGAUGCUGAGAGAGCUGGUGAAAGAACAGGAGCAGCAGGGCAGAGUCAGGCGGCGAAAGAGAGUGGCAAGAAGUCCCCGGCAUGGAGCAGGUGAUGGCAGGCAGAACAGUUUGGAGGCCCCACAGGAGCUUCGUGGUAGAACAUUUGAAGGAUCUGCAGUCCUGGCCAGGAAGCCACCUGAGAAUGAACUGCAAAUGUCCCCUCUUUUGUAUUCAGGACAGGUGGCUGGGCAAAAGCAACCAAUUUCAGGGAAGACUGGUCAUGGGGACGCCAAAGAGUGUAAGAACAGUCUUUCCCAUCAGCAGAGCUCUUUAGUGACAAGGUGGGGGACAGGCUCUGAGUCGAGGGAGAGCAUCAGUCGCAAUCUGUUCAGCAACAUGAGUCGGGACACCAUUGAUGGUGGGAGAGUCUGGCCACCAUUUGGGGAAAGAGCCCAGUUCUUGUCUGGAUGGCAGAAACCACGUUAUGCCCAGAGACGCCGGCGCCCACCAGCAGGAGAGAAACCCCACCGCUGUGGGCCAUGCAGGAGAUCCAUGGUAGCCCCAACGGCAAGAUCUGAUUCCCCUCUAAACUCUGCCAUGGCUCUUCUACCAGACCCUGCCUCGACGUCUUCUGCACUCCUGCCACUAAACUCCAUAGAGCCACUGACCUCCACCCAGCCCUUGCCUGUGAACUCUGCUGCAGCCCCACCUCGAAAACCCCAUGCCUGCGAGGAGUGCGGGAAGCGAUUCCGAAUCCUUGCCAACUUGGAAAGGCAUCAGCAGCGCCAUGCGGCAGAAAAGCCUCACCAGUGCCGUGACUGUGGGCGGCGAUUCCGCUGGGGUUGCCACCUAGAGCGCCACCGGCGCUCACGGCGCUGUGUGGAGUGUGGUGGGGGCCUGGCAACACCUCCUCCACCUCCAUCCCCGCCCCCAGAACCCGACCGACCCUACUCCUGUGGGGAAUGUGGGAGGCGGUUCACGCAGCGCUCGGCACUCAGCAAGCACCGGCGGCUGCAUUCAGGGGAGCGCCCGUAUGGCUGCGGAGAGUGUGGGAAGCGCUUCCUGCAGCGCUCUGACCUCACCAUCCACGUGCGCUCGCAUUCCGGGGAGCAGCCCUAUGUCUGCACAGAGUGCGGCCGUCGCUUCAGCGUCAGUUCCAACCUCAGCAAGCAUCGCCGCAUGCAUCGUGGUGAGCGCCCCCACGCCUGCUCUGUGUGCGCCAAACGCUUCCUGCAGCGUUCCGAGCUCCUCAUCCACCAGCGCGCUCACACUGGGGAGCGCCCCUAUCCCUGCACAGCCUGCGGAAAGCGCUUUGCUCGCCGAGCUCAUCUCAAGCGCCACCAGCGCACCCACGGUGGGGUGCCUGCCACAGCCACUGCCUCUCGACACCAGAGUGCCCGACUGCUCACCACCUCUGCCAUGGACACCAUAUCCCUUCUUGAGCACGAACGGGGAGGGGUGCCCGAUGCCCUUGAGUCACGGCCCCACACCAACACACCAUGCCCUCCAGCGGCUGGGCCCUCGGCAUUCUCAGCAGCCCGAGGUGCAACGGGUGCUGCCUCACUGGGCCUGCCCUGGGCCGUAUCCUCCUCUGCCCGCCUCUCUUUCUGCUCCAGCCCUCUCUGAUCAUUUGGGAGCUCCCCUGCACCCCUGCCCUUCAUCAGUCUAUCGUGACCUGUGGGCAGCCCUCGCGAGACCUGUUUUGUGGGUGGGGGUCUAGCCCUGUGCAGAUGGCAGUGGGGGGGUUCUGCUGGGGCGUGGGAGCAGUUUACAUUUUGGACCCCAAAUGUUGUUUGCCGGGUAGCCUGGCAGCUUUGCUUCUUCGUGUGGCCUCCUGCCAGCCUUGCUUAGAGCAUCUGGUGUACGGAUGGAGCGGGGUGUAGGCAGGCAGCCCCAGUCCCUGCGUGGGACAUUAGCAAUAUUUUCGGAGUCAUGAUUGAGCUCUUGAACAUCAACCAGUGUGAACAAGCUGGACAUGUUAUUAAGCCUGGGACUAGGGAACAGUUAAUCUGCUUUUCUGCAGAAGCACAGUGGGGAAGGCGGGGGGGAGGAAACACUCCAGGCUGACUGCCUCUAAGAGGUACAAGUAAGCAUAAUGGUUUGUGAACCACAGUGUGAUCACAGGCACACAUUUCCUAGCCCCAGACCUACCCACUCACACCCCCUGUACCCUUGCCACCGACCACCACGCCACCACUUACCGUUGGCUCACUUCUCUUUCCCCCACCUUUCAUAAACAUGAGUGCUCCCUGCCUCCCCCAACAAUAUUCCUACCGAGGUUUCUCAACGAAACAUUUCCCUUUGAUCAGACUGCCAUUGUUUCCUUUUGUGCAAGAGAAGUUUCACCAGGCUUCACUAAGGUGCUACAGAUCCACUUCUGGGAGCAAAAAUGACACACUAGCCGUUGCAUAAAUUGAGAGUGGGUUGUGUGUGUGUUUUGGGAUCCGACAGGGUUUAAGCUUCUGUUGCUAGACAAGAUUGCUCCGAGAGCCAAGCGCUGGCAGACAUAGAAUCAAGUCGGAAGAAAGGAGGACACUUGCUCAUCCUUUCACAGAAGUUCAGCUGCAGAGGAUGGGGCAGCGGGUUGGUGUCGGGCUGAAACUGCUGCUGCUGCUUGCUGAAUUUGGGAUGGCAGCCAGCGCUUUCAGGAGGGGUCAUCGUGACUUUCUUCACCGCCGCUCCCGAGGAAGCAGAUUGGAAGAGGAGGAGAAGCAAGUGGCACCUGCUCUGAUGGGAACUGUGGACUGGAACAGUGUGGGUGGAAGCGGGAUGGAGUCCAGUUUCAGCAGCCACUUAAAGUUUUAAGUGUGUUGAGAGGAGCAGAGAUGAUGCUUCUGAGCCCUUGGCCUCUACCCACACGCCAAAGCUGUGCCCGGUUCUACGGCUGUUCACCAGAGCCAUGUUAUUUCUCCAGUUGUUUGUACAUUCCUGGUACCUUUUGGACUGGUGCUUUAUUGCUAGGGGGGAUCAAGGGGGUGGGUGGGCCACAAAGGUCUGUGGCUUAGCCUGGACUGGACUCUAGAAUGGGGAGGGGUAAAUGA